AUUCCCCAUGGAUAUUAAGAUGGAUGGAGGGGGCUGAGCAUGAGCUAGUUCUGACACAGGAACAGCUGAAGAUGAUUGCUUUUUUUAGUCAUUAGGAAUAGCGAAAAUCAGACUUUUUUACAGGAUCAUCAACAAUCCCUGUAAGGGCUGUUAAGGAGGAGUGUUGGCUCGUGACAGAAAUAGAACACUCCAGAGAGGUAACUUAUUAAGAUAUUACCGUCGUUGUCUCAGGCCGGACAUCAUGUGAGGAUCUGCAACACUCGCUCAAAUCCUCAACACUGGCUAGAGCAUAGGACAAUCAGCUCAGUGAUCCAUACGCACGCAGUCACAUGCAAUCAUUUAAUGUCCUGGGAGCUUCCUGUUCGCGGGCAGCAUGGAUGAGCCUGUCGAGGACUACAAGUCUCCGUUCAACUUUGAGCAGGGAGUGAAUACCAGCUACCUCUACCUUUCACCCAAAGAGAGUUUCACUCCCCCUGGCUCACCGGUACCGCCGCUCAGAGGGACCCAAAGGCCAGACUUCAUCCAAGAAGUAGGUGAAGAAGCAGUGGAUGCAGCACCAUGUUCACCCUGCACUGUCCUAACUGAGCAGGAGCAAGCAGAGCUCCACAGCGAACUUCAAAAGGUGGAAGAAGAAAUCCAGACUCUUUCCCAGGUGCUUGCGGCCAAGGAGAAGCAGGUGGCGGAGAUCAAGCGGAAGCUGGGCAUCACUCCACUCAACGAGCUCAAACAGAACCUGAGCAAGGGCUGGCAUGAUGUCACCACCUCCACUGCGUAUAAGAAGACCUCAGAGACCUUGUCCCAAGUAGGUCAAAAGGCGACAACAGCAUUUUCCAGCGUAGGAACAGCCAUCACCAGAAAGCUGGAGGAUGUGAGAUUACAGUCAUUUUCCAAUUCUUUUGGUAUACGCUCUAUACAGCACUCGGCUAGCAUGCCGGUCAUGAGGAACACACCCUCCUUCAAGUCAUUUGAGGAGAAAGUGGAAACCUUAAAGACUAAGAUGAGCCCCAAACCAUCGACAAGCGAUAUUGAAGAGGUUUCAGACUCCACACCUGAUGGAGAGCCCAUGAUUAAACAACCAGACGACACGUUUUCACCAGAUCAGCAACCGCACUGAGAAUCAGCCCUCAAACUCUUCUCUUUUUCCACUUUUCUUUUGGUACUUCAGCAUAGUCACAGUGAGUUUGCUUCUGUAUAACUGGAGUCUCAGUGAUCUCCAGAUGGGACGGGGUAGUCCUACACUGGAACAGACACGUCAAAAUGUCAUUACUGUAAGAGCAUGUUACUAGUUCCGUUUUCAUCCAUAACUUCAGUGCCAUUGAAUUAGCCAAAAUAAAAAGACUUUAAAUGUCUGUUUGUUAAUUUUUUUAAGAAUGUAUUCAGAAUUCAUCAUAUAAUAUAUAUAUAUAUAACUCAAUUAGAGCUAUCUGUGUACAUUUUCUGUAUGACAUCCAACUAAUUAAAAAUGCUAAUUAAAUUAACCAGA